GUAGCACAGUGUUCCCAUCUUAUUUCCAGACACCAGACGGGAGAGGUGUCACCCAUAGCGACUGCUGUUUCAGCAGGAAGAGUUUCCCUUGCACCAUGGACCCUCCCAGCUCUGGCCCGGAGCGAGCAGGGGAACGAGGCCAGGCCCCCAGCCAGGAGCGCAGCCACAGCGAGGACGAGCGGCGGAGGCAGCAGGAGCGGCUCAACAGGGAGGAGGCCUACUACCAGUUCAUCAAUGAGCUGAGCGAGGAGGACUACCGGCUCAUGAGGGACAGCAACCUCCUCGGCACCCCAGGAGAAAUCACUGCUCAGGAACUACGGCAGCGCUUGGACGGUGCCAAAGAGCGUCUGUCAUCUCAGCCAAGAGCAGAAAACGGUGAAGCUGUGCAACAGGAUACUAACAGAGGUUCUGAGGCCCCUGGGGAGAGCUCUAAUGGUGAUUCUCUGCUGCAGUGGCUCAACACGUUCCGCCGCACGGGCAAUGCCACGCGGAGCGGGCAGAGCGGCAACCAGACCUGGCGAGCCGUGAGCCGGACCAACCCAAACAGUGGGGAGUUCCGCUUCAGCCUGGAGAUCAACAUCAACCACGACCAGCACGAGCACAGUUACGACUCCGGCAACGAGCAACCCGCCGACACCUCCAGCCUGCCCGGUGCCACCGAGAGCGGGAGGCUGCAGAGAUCCACGAGCACCACCGCCAGGCGCACCAGGAACAGUACCGCUAGGCUCGACCCCGGCCGCCAAGCAGCCAGGUCGGCAGGCAGGACGAGGAACGUGCAGAGGACUGACAUUGCCGAGCCAUCAUCAGCGGCCGCCCAGAGGAGGCUGAGAAGCAGCACGGGUAGGAGAGCCCUAAGAAGGUUGAGAAGUGCCUUGCAGCAGAGAUCAAUGGGCAGGACUGCCGAGCAGAGGCUGGAGAGAGGGCAGGAAUGCCCCAGGGUUGUCCAGGAAAGUGGAGGCCAGGUGGGUGCGCCUCAGUCUUCGGAGCCUAGGAGUAGCAGGACUAGGACCAGAAUAAACCUAAGGACAGGCGAAGAUAGCGACCCCCAGGGGAGGCGGUCCCGGAGCUCUGCGAGCAGGAGAAGCCGCUCACCUCUGCGUCGGUCUAGCGCAGCCUCUGCCUCUGUCUCUGCUUCUGCUUCAGCCUCUGCCUCUACAGCCCAGUUGGAAGAAAGUCUGGACACAUCUGCAGAGCAGAGGCCUAGCAGAGUGAGCGGGAGGGAAGCUGUGGGAACGGCUGCCUCAGCUAGGGAGGGUGGGCAGCUGGAAAGUGGGAGCCCUUCUGUGGAGCCACCUUCUCUAGGAGUAGCCUCAGAGGGUGUGGUGGAGGAAGCAGAGUCUAACAGCUCCUCUUCAGCCAGUGUUAGGAGACACCCGACCAUCAUGCUGGACCUCCAGGUAAGGAGGAUCCGCCCCGGCGAGAACCGAGACCGGGACAGCAUUGCCAGUCGGACGCGUUCCCGGGUCCGCAUGGCAGAAAACACAGUGACGUUCGAGAGUGACAGCGGUGGCUUCCGACGCACCAUAUCCCGCUCGGAGCGGGCGGGGAUACGAACCUACGUCAGCACUAUCCGGAUCCCCCUGCGGCGCAUCUCGGAGACCGGCCUGGGGGAGCCCUCGUCCGUUGCUCUCCGGUCGAUCCUACGGCAAAUCAUGACCGGCUUCGGGGAGCUGAGUUCCCUGAUGGAGACUGAGGCAGACUCGGAGGGGAACCCAGGCAGCCGCUCUGUAGACAACGGCUCUGCCACAAAUUCCUUUCAAAUUCACACCAACGACAGCAAUGCGUCCAGCGUGUCAUUAGCAAGCAGACAACCAGAAGCUGAACCCGCUGUGCCCCUGGGGCUCAGUGCUGGGACCCAGCUGUCGGGGCCGGGCUCAGGAAGCAGGGAGGGCAGGCAGUCCAGCAGAGACACCAACAACCUGGUGGAAAACGGCACGCUGCCCAUCCUCCGCCUGGCGCACUUCUUUCUGCUAAACGACGACGAGGAUGACGACCACCCCAGGGGGUUAACCAAAGAGCAGAUUGACAAUUUGUCGACCCGGAACUAUGGCGAAGGCAACCUGGAGGCGGAACUCAGUAAAACCUGCAGCGUUUGCAUCAAUGAGUACGCUGCGGGGAACAAGCUGAGGAGGCUGCCCUGCACCCACGAGUUUCACAUCCACUGUAUCGACCGCUGGCUGUCUGAGAACUCCACGUGUCCCAUUUGCCGGCAGCCUGUCCUCGAUACUCGUCAGAACUGACAGGCAAACACAACGGACCAUUUCUUGGCAGAUGGAAGCUUUUGUAAAUACUGCAUUCGUGUUUUAAAUAUUAAAAACCCAUUGUAAUGAGCGGACGGUAGAACCUAAAGGGAAGAAAGAAAAAAGUAACUAAAGCUAUAUUUUUGUAGACUUCAUUUUUUUUUCUUCUUUGCUUUAAGUUAAGCACUUUCUUAGCAUCAGUGUACUGAAAACAAAAUGAAAUAAAAACAUGCGUUCUCACAGUAACAAUGAAUCCUUAACGAAGGAGUCGCUUGCACAUGGGGAAAUAAACUUCUUCAAAAGAUGUACAAUAUUAAGAAAUUAAGAUCACUUGCUGGAUUUUAAGUUUAAACCUUCUUACAGUAGUACUGUGAGGAAGGUUAAUUCUUUUUUUUGGGGGGGGGGUAUAAAAUGCUAAUCCUUUUUGUGUUUUGGGUGCAAAUGUUAGUACUUGUCAUGAAACAUGGUUUGCAGGUUAUUGUUUUAAAUCAACCUAUGUUAGCAUGACAUGGAGCUGACUUGUAAAAGACUUGAAUUUUUCAGCUGAAUGCGUCCCUGAGUUUUGCUAACAAGGUUACCAAAAAAACCAUGAUUGCUUUACAGCUGCUUUUUCUGAAUGUUCUAUAGCACCUGUUACUUCUAACCAAAUGAUUUCCACUGUAUGUCGCUGUCUUGGAGGAGGGGAGGCGCCUCUAUAAACAAAACACAGCAUGACCUGCCGUUUGUUAAUUUAUCUGCAGUACAGCAUUCAGUAAAACACUGCAGUGUCAAACUUCUCUUACAGACUUGUUUAGAAUAGCUCCGCCAGUAUUGCAGGUGCUAGAAUAUAUACUUUAUCAGAUUAAAUGUUUACUGAACAAUAAUGAUCUACAAUUGUUUUAAUAUAGAAGGUAUUUGAAGGUAUUUGUCUGUUUCACUUCACUUUCCACAACUGAAGUCCCGUAUAUUUCACUGGAACGUAUUGAAUACACAUGAAAAGCCCUUUCAAAGACUGUUUAAACAUGAAUAACUAGUUUCUAGUGUAGUUUACUGUGGCUUUUAGUUCACUGUUCUGAUUUCAACACAGCUUUGUUACCAUCAUUGUUCAUGAAAGAUUUUGAUUGUCAUUCAUAGCUCAAUAAUCCUGAAUUUACUGAAAUAAACAUACUGAAAUAAACUUAAGUAAUGACAAACAUUUCAACUAGAAGUCUUUCUCAGUGUCUUCAAUUGAAAACAUUGAGAAAGACUUCUAGUCGAAAGAUUUGUCAUGAUUUAAGUUUCUUGCAGUAUUUCUGAAGAUUGGGAAAAGGGUCAUAGGUGUUCCUUGACAAGCCCAUUUAGUCUUUGCAGGUCAGCACAGUGUGACUGACUGGUGGGAAUGGUAACAAGCGUAUCAAUUCACACUGGGACCACAAGAGGGCAGUCUUGUAGUAAUGGCAGUGUUGUUAGAGUAGACUGGCCUGAUUCAUACAUUAUUACACACCCAGAAUAAACAGGAUGUUUUAUAAAGCUUUAUGUCUGGGUUUUUAAAAGUGUUUUAAACAUGCUUGCAUUACAGGGUACAUUCUACUGUUUCAUUGUUGCUCCAGGUGAGAUAAUAAACCGAUCAGACAUUGUGUAGAAGAAUGUGAAGAAGUGUUCUAGAAUUGUAAAUGAGUUCUUUUUAUUAUUUUAAUUUGCUAUGUUCUGUCUUUCAUGGACAAUGGAUUUAGUUUUGUUCAAUCUUCAAGUUUAAAUUUACAGCCAUGCUGGUAUCAACAUGAAGCAAAUUAAAAUAACAUUUAUUGAAGUGUUUAAAAAAAAAAAAAAAUAAUAGUAAUUUGUUUUGAAUGUCUACCUUUUAAACUCUUAUGUAAAUGGGGAUAUUCCUGGAGAUUAAUAUGUUGUGAUAUUUUAAAACUUCUUAAUAUGUAUCCAUUGCUAAUUUAAUUAGAUAAACAUGGGUUUUCUAUGUAAACUGUGUUCUUUUAUUGAUAGCCAUUUGUUCAUUCAAAAUCUGAAAUACAUGCUUACUUGACUGCCUGUCAUACUGAAGCUGUCUGCACUGAUUUUAUUUCAGAAUGGAUCCAAUACAAUAGCACUUGCUUUUUUCAGUCUUUACUACCUUCAUGCACAUUCGAUGCCCUAUGCUUGUCAUGAAGAGAUAUUAUUAGAAGUCAUUUCAAACAAACAAAGUUUUAAUUGUCUAAGUUACAGAUGCCAUUAUUGUGAAUGUGUUGAUUUCAUUAUGGAAAUACAAGUGUUCCUCCGAAAUGUUGACUAUUAUUUUGUUCUUUAUAGACGUGGUAGAAGUAAUACCAGUACUAAUAUAAAUUUAAAAUACAUGUUCAGUUUUUAGUUGAUUUGAUCAGCCGAUACCUUUUCGGGAUAAGCAGCAACUGGGUUUUAUUAAGGACAUAAGGACUGGCCCAAUUAAGCUCGUCCGGUUCUUAGUUGGGCACGCUCAGCACUGUUGCAAACAGCGAAGGAAACGUGCAAACCACGAGACCUGUGUUUUCAGAUCCCAAAGCAGCAGCCGUAGAAAUGCCAUUGAGACACGGCUAACCUGGUGUAGAAGGAUGUUAACUGGAUGCAUAAGAAGCUGCUCAGCACUGUUCCUCAAAUCUGCUGUGUUACCACAUCAAAAGAAAGCAACGUUCUGUGAACUACAACACAAUUCCUGAUCCUUUACCUUGAAUAGCUUCGGAAAAGCACAGCUGUUGGGUUUGGUGCCUUGCGCUGGAAAUAGACAAACCGGUGUGUGUAACUGAAGCAGAUGCAGCAACUGUUAUAUAUGAAGUGGCUCUCCCAAGGUCAGAAGCAAGCAGGAUUAAUGACAGAACACACACACACAUCUCUUCCAAUGGAAUAGCAAGCAAAGAAACAAAAGCUAUCAAGUGCUAACAGAACACUGAAGUUUAGUUGUGAAAUGUGAUGUGUAUUAUACUGGCGUUCAUGGAAUAACUGUUUGAUUUGAAUCAGGAAUGGGUGGUAUUAUUCUGCUCACUGUUUAGUGCUUGGUCUCUCCAAAGUAGAAAGUACCAAUUGUGUUCAAUAGUGUGGUGGGCCCUAUUUGCAAAAUUGAGGCCUCUUUUAAAGAAUGUUUUGUUAAGGAUUGUUAUUGCAGUUCAUUAAACCCCUUUCAGCUCUUUUAGAGAGGCUUAUUGGUUUAUUCUUAUUUUUCAAGUCGUUGUUUAACCUAAAAGCAGUCCUUAAAAAACUAAAAAAAACCUUAAAAACAGUCCUUUGAGUUUUGAGAAUAGGGCCUAUAGACUUGUGUCCACUCAGUUAUAAAUUGAGACUAUGAGACUCCUUUGUUGUGAUGUGAGCUGGAUUCAGAUCCAAGUAUCCAGAGGUGAAAGGCUAGUGAAUUAGCCUGCUGUGCCAACACUGUAGUUUGCAAGAGUUUUAUCUUGAGUGAAUGGAUCAGGUUUUAUCCAAUUGUAUUUUUAUACAGCAUGUAAUCCCUAUUGAACUGCGGCUAAGUCUGUUACAAAGCAUCAUGACCACUUGUAACCCCAGGGGAUUGCGCAGUGGGCAUUGUCUAUUACAUUAAACCCAGCUCCUGGAUGCCCGACAGGAGUGCAAGAUGCUUGAUUGACUGUUGCAAGUGUUGACAAAGGUGAAGCGAAGGUUAGCCAGAGGGAGCUGGGAUACUGUAGGGAGGAUCUUACAUCAUACAGAAGGUAAUCAACACUGCAUGACUGGUGUUUUGGGGUAUUUCAUUUCUGACAGGUAGUACCAGCUGGGUAGUCUGCUCUGGAGAUGCACAGAACUCGGCCUCUGCACGCCUUCCAUAUCGUUUAAAAAAAACAUGAAACGUGCAACUUAACUAGGGGCAGGUCUGUGGCUAGAAAUAUUUUAGCGUUUGGUCUAUUUAAAAAGAUGUAUUAAUAUUGUCUGUAUUCAGUACAGGGACAAUGUUACUCAGGCAGGCACGAUGCAGACAGAUGCCAUGAAUACCUACAUCAACAACCUGAAUUUCUUGUUUGUUCAUUUUUUUUUAACAAAAAUGACAAACAGCCAAUACUUAUACUGGCCAUUUCACACUGACUAGAAAAUGAUACAUGCUAGACUGUAGAGUUUCAGCAUUAGCUUUAAAAGAACAGUUCUGUUUGUACAAAAUAAACAAUAUUGAAAUGAAGAGCUGACGAGCCGAUAGGCAAACAUUCGCCCUGCUAAUCUUAACUUUCCCACCAGGGAGAAACAUUGUUCAACCGUGCAGCUGUUCUGUGACAGCACUGGAAUCUAGGAAUUGUAGUUUUUACACAAAUUGUAGUCCCGGGCAGAAUUGCCACAACAGCAACUGAUCAUGAAUGUCUCAUAAACACUUUGAGAUACUGACUUCAUAUUUUCAAUAUUAUGAAAAGUCUUUGGGUGAUAUCCAUCACUUUGACUGGUAACCUAAGGUUACUUGGCUUUCCCGCACACACACAAGGUAUCUUUGUGGUAUCUUGAAACAUUCUGCGUGCAAUUUAUUGCCUCAAUAUUUUGAGUGUUUAAAACAAUGUAGCACCCAUACUGUAAAUUACCGGAAAACAGCUCAUUACUGUAGAACAAUGCUAAAAUAAAGGCUGACUUUUGA